CAAGCGCGUAGCCGCGCGCCCUCCAUAACUAAACGCAAACUCGAUUCGCGCGCACGAAUGACGUUCUAAUUUUAAAAUUGCGCGGGAGUUCUCCAGUGCCACAAUAAACAUAAUUUGUGAUGUGAUUUUAUAAUUUAGCUUCUCAUUUUUUUUAAUUCAAAAUGCGUGCUGUGAUUUUUUUGUAUACUUGUGUGUUUGUUGUGGUGGGACAGGACAUCAACGCAAUGAUGAGUAUGCCGAAAUACGACGAAAGAUACGAUUAUUUAGACGUUGACGAUAUAUUUAGAAAUAAAAGACUUGUCAGAAACUAUGUUGAUUGUUUGAUAAAUGCUCAAAGGUGCACGCCAGAAGGAAAAGCCUUGAAAAGGAUAUUGCCUGAAGCGUUACGUACGAAAUGCAUCCGGUGUACUGAAAGACAAAAGAGGACAUCUGUGAAAGUUAUUCGAAGGCUAAAAAACGAGUAUCCCGAAGAAUGGGCGAAGCUCGCCUCACGAUGGGACCCUACCGGCGACUUCACACGAUACUUCGAAGAUUACCUCGCUAAAGAACAUUUCAACACCAUUCCCGGAUCUGGUCCAACAGUGAACGUGCUUUCCUUGCAAACAACACCUCCGCCCCCUCCACCGCCGCCUUCGAGACCAGCCUCCGUAUUCACAAACCCUCCACCGCCGGUGAUGUCCACGUCACCACGACCUGUUGUUCUUAAUAGAUUCGGAGGUGACGGAGAGCUAAUGGUGGGCAGCUCUUUGCCGGGCGUCGCUACAACUAAACCUUUAACGGAAACCACAAUGAAGCCAACGACAACGAAGCCGACCACGAACAUGAGACCGGCUUUCCCUACUAGACCAUCGCCCUCGACCUGGUCUAGUGCAGGGUCCAACGUUUUCCCGACUCGGUUCACGUUGCGACCGUCGGGGAUCGAUCUGUCGCCGCCUUACUCAACCGCCAUCACGCUCAUCGAUCAAAUCGGAUACAAAAUAAUUCGGACGACCGAACUAGUCACCGACUUGUUGAGGGACACCGUGCGGGCCGUUGUUGGGUAGGGAUAGUUCUAGAAGCAUCGAACCGACAGUGCGACAUGUUGAUAUGACAUUAUGACUUUAAACAAAUUUUAACAUUUUGUUUUUGAAGUGAAACUUCUUUAGGAGAGCUGAGAGUAAAAUUUAACACACCACAGAUUCGUUACGGCUAGAGACAAAAGUGUGAGAGUGAGGAAAUAGAUAGAGCGUCUCGCGAACCACUCGACUGUGGUUAUAAGGAAAGGACAAAGCGAACUAUAAUAGGUCGUUUGUCUUGUACACAGUUCUCUGUUACAAGAGAAAUUUGAUUAAAAAGAUAUGAAGAAAACCGCAAUACUACACACCGCAAAAGAAGUUUCACUUCUUUCACGUGCACCAAGUUGCACGCGUACCAUUUUGUUUUAUAGUCACCAUAGAAAUAUGCUUUUCAUCUUUAAGGCAAUGUAACGGAUAAGUCAUCGUCAUUAAAAUGGGAACGUUCUGUUCUCAAUUUGGUUCAAACAAAACAAUUGAUACUUCUGUUAUGUUCUGUAGCGUAUGAGUCAUGGGAACAUCAACGUGAAAGAGUCAAAUCUUUAUUAAAUAACGUGUUUAAGAGAUAAAGAUCCAAAAAUGUUUGCUCUAAUUCGAUUCGUGAAUGUGUAUCGUUAGUUUCGAAUACUUAAGUUGUCGUGGCCUAAAGGAUAAGACGGCCGGUGUAUUCGUACCGAGCGAUGCGACUGAGCCGGUGUUCGAAUCCCGCCGUCGUAAAUAUUUUUCUAAAAAUGUGCGUACUUAAUACGUAUUCACGAACGACUUUCACGACAAAGAUAUAAUGUCGUUUAGCAAAACUCAAAUCCGCUUAAUUUAUAAAUUUGCGUAAUUACUGAUGCCAGGGCCUAUUUUAGGCUCGCACUGAUAGGUACCGCCAUCCUACCUAUAUAUACUGUUGUGCAAUUGAGACUUUAACCGUGUGUCUUGAGGUCGAUAACGGCAUACUCAUAGGCUCCGCUAACUACCUUUUAGGUGGGUCACCUAUGCUGUAAUGUAUAAUUAGAGAAUUCGUAGAAUAAAAUUAGAAUAUUGUAGAACUACAAACAUAAAUGUAAAUAAGAAAAACUUUUUUUUACAUUACCGAAAAACCUAAUCACUAAAUUUAAAAUAAACAAUAGUUUUAAAAAACUAACAAAAUACGCUUUUAAAGAAAAACCUUCUAAAAAAUAGAAAAUAAAUUUUAUAAUUUUUUAAUUAAAAAUAGUGUAAGAAAAAAUGAUUUUAUUGUAAAAAAGCGUGGGGUGCUUUUCAGAUUAUCAAAAUAACCCUUCUGUCUAUCUGUUCAUAAAAUAUUUAUAACUACUGAUAACAAAGCACCCCACGCUUUUUUACAAUAAAAUCAUUUUUUCUUACACUAUUUUUAAUUCAAAUUUAUUAAAGUUUAGUUUCUAUUUUUUAGUUGGAUUUUCUAAAAAACUUUUUUUUUUGUUUUUUUAAAAUUAUUAUUCAUUUUUCAUUUUUUAGUUGAAUUUAAAUUAUUUCAAAAUUUUUUUUUUAUUUUUUUUUUAAUUAUCUGGUUUUUUAAUUGAAUAUUGAAUUGUCUUCGGUCUUUAAUAAGUAUACCAAAUUUCGAGUCAAUCCGACGUUUUGCAGGGGGUCAAAAUCAUGUUCAAAGAUUUCGUAACAAACAUACAUACAUACGUUUGAAGCUAAUAAAAGCGUCUUAAAAAAUGUUACUGCAAUCAAUGGAAACGUCAACUGUUAAUUUAUUCAGAAUUAUUAUUGUGAACGAAACUUUUAACAAAAUAUGCGAUAGUGAUAUAUACUAUAAACUCAAAUAUACAGAUAAUUUGUUUUUUUGAGAUUUUGUUUUUGAGUUAUUUCUUAUUUUAAAUAAUUAUUUCAAACUUAGGUACUCAUAUUUACAUAAUUUACAUACUGUAAGUGUUAAAUUAUUUAUGUUAAGCUAUGUUAAGACUAUUAUUUUAUUUUAUACGUGACAGAUGUCGCCAGUCGCUUUAUUUAAAUAAAAACUUUUUGUAUGUA